AUGCAAAGCAUCGCAUUCAGAAACACGCAAGCAACUCUGGAAGGGGGCAGUUUAGUGAUGGCAUUGCCACCCGCUCAAAUUCGAAGCUAA